AUGGCUGUCUGUAAUCAACAAUGUUUUAUUGAAGUAUACGCUGCCGAAGCGGUGCAUUCUGGAGUUCUACCAAUCGCUAACAUUGCUUCGCAGAUCAUAAUGGAUAACACGCUUAUAAGCGAUGCUGAACGCUUUUUUAUAAUUCAAGGCGCCCAGCCACGAAAGCUCGGUUGUCGAUUAGAUGGAAGACAGCGAAGCGACUUUCGGCCAAUAGAAAUUGAAACGGGUAUUCUUAACCACACAGCCGGCUCAGCAAGAGUCAAAAUUGGAAACACCAUUGUAAUUGCAUGUGUUUCAAUCGAAAUUGGCACCCCGUCUGUUGAUGCUCCUAACGAGGGCCGACUAGAAAUUGAUGUUGAAUGCUCUCCUACGGCCACACCUAGGUUUUCUGGUAAAAGCGGAUCAGAUAUUGCAGAUACACUAAAAGCCACUCUCUCGACUGCACUUACAAGGGAGUGUCUCCCCUUUAAAUUGCUGUGCAUUCAACCCGGAAAACAGUGCUGGAUCAUCCACGCUGAUGUUCUUCUCCUUGAAAGUGCUGGAAAUCUUCUGGAUGCGACUUCCCUUGCAAUUGUCGCCGUUCUGUCAACAGUCAAGUUACCACUUUCUUUAGCUCGGAAAAUUGCAACAGAAACCGGUGAUACUUCCGGUGGUGGCGAUUUCGCACUCUCAAUAAAAAAUCUUUCAAUGUUUACUACUGUUCAUAAGAUCGGGAAUUCGUAUAUCGUUGACGCCGACAAGGAAGAAGAAGCCUGUUCAUUUGCCCGGGUUUUUGUCGCCGUUCGUGCUGAUGGGACGAUUACAACAAUCAUCAAGGAGGGGUGUGGCAGUCUGCGGAUCGAGUCAGUAAUGGACAUGAUUGAGAUUGGUCAAUGGAUGGGCAAGGGAAUGCAUGCAGCUCUGGCGUCGGCACUGCAGCAGGAACGCAACAUGAAGUCUGCCAGCUAG